AUGGCGAAGAGAACAAAUACAUCACGCAGGAGCACACGUCGGGAGGGUGACGCGCCGGAUUCUACAGGAGACACGGAAGAUAAAGAGGUCAGGGCGACGUGGAUGGAAGAUGAAGACGUAGCGUGUGAAGGGACGAUGAAGGAUAUGAAGAGGGGGAGAAGACCCAACGUGUGUGGAUCCCGCCACCGGACUUUCUGCUGCCCGGGAUGGUCUCAGAAGCCCGGCAACAACCUUUGUAUAAUACCCGUUUGCAUCAGAAAUUGCGGCAGAGGUGGAAGAUGUGUGAGGCCCAACUUGUGUAUGUGCAUCGGCGGUGCCAUAUCGCCCGUGUGUGGUAUGAGAGGAAAUGACUUCGGCGGUGGCAGUGUUCUUGGCGGAGGAGGUGCCACAGGUGGAGGUGGUAUCCAUGGCGGAGGAGGCACGGAG